GUCGCUGUGCGCGCGAACAUCUGGAGCUGAAGGAUAGCUCCACCCUGCUCCCACGCAAAUAAUAUAAAACCCAGAGCAACAGAUGCAACACCUCAUCAAUAGACUACUAGGUUGCAGCUCAUGUCGACCCCUCCCCAACUUCUCCUGCGCACUGCAAUCAAACUGAAUAUCAAAGACCGCUCGUGCGUAAAGUUGCUGGCACCCGCCUCUUCGCUCUCCAAACCUGAACCAUGUACCCGUUUAAUGCCAGUUUCAGUAACUUCAGUAUGAUGAUGGAGGUUGCGGACAUGCCCCGGGAUGAGAACCUGGCCAAAGUAGAGAUCGCGCUGCUCAGCGUCAUCUUCGUCAGUGCCGCUAUCCUGAACACGGGUCUACUACUGGUUCUGUGGAAGCGGCGCAAACAGGUAUCCAAGAUGCGUGUCUUGGUGUUCCACCUUUGCGUUGCAGACCUGGUUGUGGCGUUUUUCCAGGUGUGCCCGCAGCUCAUGUGGGACAUUACGGACAGAUUCAUCGGACCGGACCUGGUGUGCCGCUUGGUGAAGUAUCUGCAGGUCGUAGGCAUGUUUGCGUCCACCUACAUGAUCGUAGUGAUGACCAUUGACCGCUACCAGGCUAUCUGCAACCCUAUGGUCAAAUUUCAGAGGAGGCGCAAGCGCUGGAACAUUCCUGUUUGCAUCGCCUGGGCGAUAUCCCUCGUGGGCGGCCUGCCUCAGAUUUUCAUCUUCUCGCGGGUCCAGGUGGCGCCCGGGGUGUUCGACUGCUGGGCGGACUUUAUCCAGCCCUGGGGCUUGAAGACCUACAUCACCUGGACCACGAUGGUUAUCUUUGUCUUGCCCAUUUUGACCGUGGUGGUGUGCCAGGUGCGAAUCUGUCGAGCCAUCCAGAAUAACCUUUACUUAAAGACUCACCAGGAUGGGGGUAGCGGGGUUGCCUUUCAGCUGCCCUCCAGAACCAGCAGCGUGGCUGGUGUGUCCAAAGCACGAAUCAAAACUGUGAAGAUGACAGUGGUUAUCGUACUUGCCUACAUCAUCUGCUGGACUCCGUUCUUCACCGUCCAGCUUUGGUCUGUGUGGGACAAGGACGCGCCAACAGAAACCGCAACGUUCACCAUCCUGAUGCUGUUGGCAAGUCUGAACAGCUGCGCCAACCCCUGCAUCUACCUGCUCUUCAAUGGCCAGCUGCCCAAUAAGCUGACGGUGCUGUGCCGAAGGCCUUCCAACGGGAAAGACUCCAUUAACUAUGAGGCCACAGUGGUCAGCUCGCUCUACAUGAGCUUCAAAAGCAUCUCCGACUCCAAAUAGAACACACAGUUUUCAUAUUCUCCAGGUAUGGGGAAGCAAGUAACUAGAGACACGCUUUAGAACCUGAAAGGGUUCUUUGGCUGUCCCCAUAAGAGAACCCUUUGAAGGACCAUUUUUGGUUCCAUGUAGAACCCGUAACAAAAAAGGGUUUUUCCUAUGGGGUACUGCCGAAGAACCCCUUUGGUGCUCUUUCUUCUAAGAGUGUAUGUGUGGAAAUACAUGCUAAAUACUGGGGAAUAGUCCACCACUAAUGGAUGAAGGCAGCCUGUUUGUGAUGUGGGCUGGCGCUGGGUGUCACAGAGAUAUAUCACGGUUGUAACACUUCUGGCAGACAACAUAGGAAUGAACAACAUUAGCUAGAUUUCCGACAGUUUUCAUGCGAAUAUGAUCAAAUCCACAUAAAAACAAUAUGCGAAUUUCCCACUCUGGAGGUGUUUCCAUCAAAUGUACUUGAUUGACAUGAUGCAGAUAAAAGGCUGUGUGCGCGUGAUCAUGUGGUGCACAUAAAAUAUAUUUUGCGGUUAAAUGUACCCAAGAAAAAAUACAAGUUAAAUGAGUUUCCACCACAUUUUCAACUCUACUGAUGGUUUUCUAGCUAACAGCGCUAUCGUAUUUAUAUUUGUCAAACGGCAGCCAGGCCUUGAUUAACAUGUCACCAGAAGAAAAGGAGCAUCAAGCUCAUCACCUUGCACUUUCACCACCCUGUGAACUUCAUCAUUUAUUUAAUCUGUAGCAUAAUAAAUUACAUGCUUUCCCAAAGAGUUGUAGUGGGGAGGACCACACAUGUCAUUACGUGACUCCAAGUUUACUUCGAUAUGAUAAUUAUUAUAUCAAUAUUUGCGCAGAGCAGUGUUUCCCAACUCCUGUUCUCGAGUACCCACAACAGCACAUACAUAUUUGUUGUAGCACCAGACAAACUCACCUGAUUCAACUAAUUGAGGGCUUAAUGAUUAGUUAUCAAGUUGAAUCAGGUGUGCAUGUCCAGGGUUACAACAAAAUGUGUGCUUUUGGGGGUACUCGAGGUUGAUUAGUUUCCUACCUUUUUGUGAAUAAAUGUCUAAAUCUAAUCUAACACCAUCAGUUAACACCUGCAAACUUUUUAAUUGUAUAGUGUAGACUGCAUUUACUACCUGUGAUUGUUUUCAAAAAUCACAUGAUCAUCUUCAGCUGUUUGGUGCUUUUAUGAUGCCAGAGAAGUGGUGAAAGAAGCAGUUACAAAAUAGAAGGUGUGUGUUCACAGACAUUGUCCAAUGUUGAUGUAACCUAACAAAAUACAAGCCAACUGUUUGAUGUCUUCUGUGCACAUAUGAAUGACCCCUAUGACGUAACUGCAAUGAUGGAAUAGAUGUUCUUCUUCUUUGUUUUAUUUUCUCGCAGUCAUACUGUGUUCAGCCGUGUUUGAUCUUGCCUAGCCAUCUUGUCUCAAAAGGACCACAAUGGAAAUAAGUCCCAGACUUUGUGUGUUAUCCUCCAUGCUUUAACAAUGGAAAUAAGUCCCAGACUUUGUGUGUUAUCCUCCAUGCUUUAACAAUGGAAAUAAGUCCCAGACUUUAUUGUGUGUUAUCCUCCAUGCUUUAACAAUGGAAAUAAGUCCCAGACUUUAUUGUGUGUUAUCCUCCAUGCUUUAACAAUGGAAAUAAGUCCCAGACUUUAUUGUGUGUUAUCCUCCAUGCUUUAUCAAUGGAAAUAAGUCCCAGACUUUGUGUGUUAUCCUCCAUGCUUUAACAAUGGAAAUAAGUCCCAGACUUUAUUGUGUGUUAUCCUCCAUGCUUUAACAAUGGAAAUAAGUCCCAGACUUUAUUGUGUGUUAUCCUCCAUGCUUUAACAAUGGAAAUAAGUCCCAGACUUUAUUGUGUGUUAUCCUCCAUGCUUUAACAAUGGAAAUAAGUCCCAGACUUUAUUGUGUGUUAUCCUCCAUGCUUUAACAAUGGAAAUAAGUCCCAGACUUUAUUGUGUGUUAUCCUCCAUGCUUUAACAAUGGAAAUAAGUCCCAGACUUUAUUGUGGGUUAUCCUCCAUGCUUUAACAAUGGAAAUAAGUCCCAGACUUUAUUGUGUGUUAUCCUCCAUGCUUUAACAAUGGAAAUAAGUCCCAGACUUUAUUAUGUGUUAUCCUCCAUGCUUUAACAAUGGAAAUAAGUCCCAGACUUUAUUGUGUGUUAUCCUCCAUGCUUUAACAAUGGAAAUAAGUCCCAGACUUUAUUGUGUGUUAUCCUCCAUGCUUUAACAAUGGAAAUAAGUCCCAGACUUUAUUGUGUGUUAUCCUCCAUGCUUUAACAAUGGAAAUAAGUCCCAGACUUUAUUGUGUGUUAUCCUCCAUGCUUUCACUCAUGUCCAUGUAUGGCUUUUUCUAGUUUUAUGUGUGCUUGUUUUUUGAAAUGGUCAAAUUAAUAAACUAAACUUUAGAAAGA